CUUCUUAGCCCGGCUAUCUGUCGGCGGCCCUGCUUGGCUACGGAACAUUUCUCCCCCGGGCGGAGGUUUCCCAGUACGGCUCCGAUUCCAGGGGGACCGGCCUGGCCAUUUCCGCUUCCGGGAGCCGAGGCGCAGGGAAGGUGGGAGGGAAGGAGGGAAGCGAAAGCCGGUCCGGCGGCCGCGAAGGGCACCUGCGGCGGCCCGUAGCCGCCUGCGCUCCCUCUCCCGCUGCCAUCCUCCGUCGCCGCCAAGACCGGCGCUUGGCGAGCCUUCCGGGGAGCCGCCGCCGCAACGAGAGGCCUCCAGUCCAGCUUCCCGGGCACUUCGCAGAGGCCUUCCGGGGAGCCCGGCUGAGGGAAUUGGCACCCCGGGGCCUUCGUCUGCUCCGCUCCCCGGUUUGGGUUUGCGCUUCCGCGGGCGGCCGCCGCCUGAGGCAGGGGCUGCGGGCUCCAGCCUCGCCUGGAACUGCUGUGCGUGCGGACCCAGGCAGAGCCCCUCAGCCAGGGUCCCUUUUGAGCAGGAGGGGGCAUCGCGGGGGGUCGGCUGAGCCUGCCCCAACCCCCAGUGAGCAUGGGGUCUGGGGCUCUCAAAGGCAGGCGCUUGGGGGUGGCACAGCUGGCCUGAACAGUGUGCGGUGGUGGCGGGGAACGGCAGGACGACGAGAAGCCCCGGUGCCCCCCUUGACCCCACGGGGGUCGGCCCGCAUGCACCUCCCCACUGCGGAGCCACGGAGGCGGAGGAGGCGGAGGAGGAAGAUCCCGGCUUGGCCCUGGCGCCGGCUGGGGAGGUUGGCGGCUGGCGUUGGCGGUCCCGGGAGGAGCAGGCAGCCAUGGAGAGCCUGGCGGGCUACGUCUACAAGGCAGCCAGCGAGGGGCGGGUGCUGACCUUGGCAGCCCUGCUCCUGAACCGCUCGGAGAGCGACAUCCGCUACCUGCUGGGCUACGUCACCCACCAGGGUGGGCAGCGGUCAACACCUCUCAUCAUCGCUGCCCGCAAUGGACACGCCAAAGUUGUGCGCCUGCUCCUGGAGCACUACCGUGUGCAGACCCAGCAGACUGGCACGGUCCGUUUUGAUGGGUAUGUACGUACACGUGUGGCACGUGGUCACAGAGGAGGCCUUGGGCUUCUUUCUAACAGGAGAAGAUGGGAUGGUCCUGUGGAUUGAUAAAUUCAGCCUGGCUGUUGUGGUGCUUCCUUUCACUCAAUGGAAUAUAGUAGGUUACAUCAUGCCUUCAUUUGAUUGGCAUAUGCUGUUUCUAUAAAUGAUCUUCCAAGAAUCAUAAAAGUGGAAGGAGCCGAAAGCUGCCUGCUGUGAGGCAAGACCUUCCCCUGGAUCAAUUUACGUAACCCUACCUGUGCUGGACUGUAAAUAAAGAACAGGCACAAUGCAGAAAGGUACCUGUAUAGACCAACACUUUUGAGAUGACUUUACCAACUAAUUCUAGAUGAUGCUUCAGGAGAAGGUGCACACAGAUAUGUCCUCUCCUGCCAGUCUCUAGCCAGAGCCUGGUCCUUUCUAAUUUUUGCCAUCGUAUUGCAGUUGUGAGGACUAGGAACUCUUCCUUUCUCUCCUACAUGCGGCAGUGGUUUGUAGAAAACAGUGUGGGGCACAGUGAAAAAUGGGUGGCAUGAGUUAUCUAGCCUACUGGAAAAGAUGCAGCUCAUGGAAUUGUUCAAAGUCCUGGUUACAUUGCUUGGAUACAUUGACCCCCUUCAUGUGUUACUUACACGAGGGACGCUUCACCUGUUAAGAGGCAGAGGGAUCCCACCACUGUCCUGUUAUCAGAAGGUGACUUAACACAUAAAGCCUCCAUGUGAGUAAUGCUUGGAGGGAGCUAUUGACAAAGAGCCAAGGUAAAAUCAGGAAUAUAUUUAAAAAGUGGUUCAAAGGCCUCACAUGAAAGAUUUCAGAUACAUUUCAGCUCCAUAUGUCUUCCAAGGCAUGACAGUAAUGCCAAUUGGGGUCUUAAGAUGUAUAUUAGAAUUCUUACUUUUGGAAGUAGUUCUUAUUCUUCCCUAAGGCUAUUGAGCCAAAGGGCAAGCACAGAGCAUUUAAACAUGUAAGGAUCAACAUUUCCCAUAUGUCUAUCUACCUGGUAAUGGGGUGCUUUAGCUUUUGCCAAAGGCACUUGAUAAUUUCUUUCUGUGACAUCGCUGAGGAGGUUGCUGGGAGCUGUGGGACACGCCAUCAGAGAGGGGAGCAGAGGCUGUACCAAACUUGUCUCUGCAACCACACCUCCUAGCUGUCCGUUGCUCCUGUUGAAAUGGACUAGGUAUUAUGAUUCUGUUUCAGUUUCUGGUGAAGUUGACAGGAUAGUAAUGCAAGCAUAGCUCUAAAACUAUACAGAAAUGUUUUCUUUUGGAGAUAAUUAAACAGCUGAGAAUAUUUCUUUUGAAGACAGAAAGCCAACUCUGGCGGUUGUCAUAUGGGACUACUCAUCAUCAGAUUUGGGAUGGGGGAGAAGGACAGCUACUUUCUGCAGCCUACUUAUUCUGCUGCCAUUCCAGUUAUAUGAAUUAGACUUUUGUGGAUAAGUCCCUCCUUACUGAGUUUUGCUGGAGAACCUCAUUUGAUUAUCAGAGAUUACACUACAGUGUAAGCCUCCUGAGAUUCUUUGUUAGUCACUUGUUGAUCUUAGAUAGUUUAAAGAGGCUAGGCCACUGUUGAGUCACUAGGGAGAACUCCAGAAUCUCCUUUUUGAAAACAACUGACAGUGCUUGACACUGACAUGCAACGUAGGAGAUGGUAAACAAAUGGGUGGUAAAAAAUAUCCCUGUCCCUGCCUGCAUAGGAGUCAAAGCAACAGCAACAACAAACAUCCAAGGAAGCCAUAGCUGUUGUAAAAAUCCUCUGUUUCCCAGCCUCAGAAUUAUUUUGCGUGUUCUGCAGUAAGACUUCCUUCUUUCCUUUGAACUGCCUUUAAAACCAAUUGCUUCUUUGUUGUCCCAGCAUGUUCUGACAAGAAGCUCCCUCUAAAUAUAAAAGCUGUAAUUGAUUUAAACACAUUUGUCUGAAAAGUCUUUUGGCCUGGGGUUCUUUAUUCAGGCGUGGUGAGAUGCAACUGACAGGUUAAAACAGUUUGAAAAAUUGCUUAAUGCUUUCUCCUGGGGCAGGCAGUGCAGUCCCAAGGCCAAAAGAUGUUAUCACUGCCCCAUUUCUGCAACUGAAUGUUUGGUAACUCUCUUUGCCUUCUCUUUACUAAUAUCUGGAAUCACAUUUGUCCAAAUGUCAUGAGGGUUAUCCCAAAGUAUUUGGAUACCUGUGACAAACUUUUACUACUAGGUGUAUCCAAUAUGGCAACCACUCGGUGUUCUCUUUAGUAUGGCUGCUGAAUGCAAAUACCACCUCAUUAAGUGGUUGUUUUUGUUGUUGUUGUUUUUUAAACUAUAUUCAUUAUUUUGGUCUGAGUCCUCCCUGUAGCUGUUAGAAAGCUUGAGGAUUGGUUGCCAUCAACUGCAGGGUUGAGAUGAAUCCUGCCUCAGUUACAGAUUGGAUUCUAUACAUGUUUUGGAAAAUCAUGCCCCCUUUGCUAGAAGUUAUGCUCUCCUCCAGAUUAGAAAUUUCAUUACAUGUAUUUGUCCAACUCUUCUGCCCACAUCCAGCCACCCAUUGUGAACCUAGCCCUUGCAUUCCCUAUCAUUCUGAAAUUCUUCUGCUCACUGACUCUAGACUGUUUUAUAGGAUAUUAUUUUGAAGAUUUUUUUUAAAAAAAUUGCACCUAUUUUAACAUCCGGUCUCUUUCUUUCCAUAGUUAUGUCAUCGAUGGCGCCACGGCCCUGUGGUGUGCAGCUGGGGCUGGCCACUUUGAAGUCGUCAAGCUCUUGGUGAGCCACGGAGCCAACGUCAACCACACAACCGUGACCAACUCUACUCCGCUUCGCGCUGCAUGCUUUGACGGCCGGCUUGACAUUGUGAAGUACCUCGUGGAGAACAAUGCCAACAUCAGCAUCGCCAACAAGUAUGACAACACUUGCCUUAUGAUUGCUGCUUACAAGGGCCAUGUGGAUGUGGUGCGCUACCUUUUAGAGCAGCAUGCGGACCCCAAUGCCAAAGCACACUGUGGCGCGACAGCAUUGCACUUUGCGGCGGAGGCUGGUCACCUGGAGAUCGUCCGUGAGUUGGUGAAGUGGAAAUCUGCCAUGAUGGUGAACGGCCAUGGAAUGACACCUCUGAAAGUGGCUGCCGAGAGCUGCAAGGCCGACGUUGUCGAGCUGCUGCUGUCGCACGCCGACUGCAACCGCAAGAGCCGGAUAGAAGCUCUGGAGCUCCUGGGUGCCUCGUUUGCCAACGACCGAGAAAACUACGAUAUAAUGAAGACCUAUCACUAUUUGUAUUUAGCCAUGCUGGAGCGGUACAGAGAUAGCGAGAACAUUAUAGAGAAGGAGGUCCUGCCUCAGAUAGAAGCCUACGGCAGCCGGACAGAGUGCCGGACCCCUCAAGAGCUGGAAUCCAUUCGGCAGGACCGGGAUGCUCUCCACAUGGAGGGCCUCAUUGUCCGAGAACGAAUUCUGGGCUCUGACAACAUCGAUGUCUCGCACCCCAUCAUUUACCGCGGUGCUGUUUACGCAGAUAACAUGCAGUUUGAGCAGUGCAUCAAGCUCUGGCUUCACGCCUUGCGUUUGCGGCAGAAAGGCAAUAGGAAUACCCACAAGGACCUCCUCCGGUUUGCUCAAGUCUUCUCUCAGAUGAUACACUUGAACGAGCCGGUGAAAGCCAAGGACAUUGAGAGCGUCUUGAGGUGCAGCGUCUUGGAGAUAGAGCAAGGGAUGGCCCGGGUCAAAAGCUCUCAGGAUGCUGAGCUCCACACAGCCAUGGACAACUACGAAUGCAACAUCUUCACCUUCCUGUAUUUGGUGUGCAUCUCCACCAAGACGCAGUGCAGGGAUGAGGAGCAGUCGCGGAUCAACAAGCAGAUUUACAACUUGAUCCACCUGGAUCCCAGGACGCGAGACGGCUCUGGCUUGCUGCACCACGCCGUCAACUCUGGCACGCCGGUGGACGACUUCCACACCAACGACGUCUGCAGCUUUCCCAACGCACUGGUCACCAAGCUCCUCUUGGACUGCGGCGCUGACGUCAACGCUGUGGACAACGAAGGGAACACACCGCUGCACGUCAUAGUCCAGUACAACAGGCCCAUUAGUGACUUCUUGACCUUGCAUUCCAUCAUCAUCAGCUUGGUGGAGGCCGGCGCUCAUACGGACAUGACGAACAAGCAGAAGAAGACCCCUCUCGACAAAAGUACCACCGGCGUGUCGGAAAUACUCCUGAAGACUCAGAUGAAGCUGAGUCUGAAGUGCCUGGCUGCCCGAGCUGUGCGGGUUUAUCACAUCAGCUACCACAACCAGAUCCCCAAGACACUAGAAGAAUUUGUUGAAUUCCACUAGCCACGCCAACGGGGUGGUGCUCCUUCCCUUCCCAGAAAGGUCAAACUCUUGUCAAUAAAAUACUGGGCAGAGCUUUAGAAAUCCCUUCUCCUCUCCUUUCUUUUUGGUAGCAGACACACACCAACCAGCCCCCUCGUAAACUGGCUAACAUGGCUUUGAUUUGCAAAAACCUGUCUUCUGACGGCAGAGCGAACAGGUUUCUUUUUUUCCUCUUAAUGAACUGGGGCAGGGUGGAGAGUCAAACUCUAAAAUGAGAAUGAGUGUAAAAUAUUUUGAUACUACGAUGCACACGGGUUUUACCAUUGACAGCCAAGAAUGCUUUAAGCAGCUACCUGCAAAGAGGUUUUACGUUUAAUUAAUUGAGCCAGCAUGUUACCUAUGCAGCAGUUUGGAAAGUCUUCUUGCGGGAGGGAAGAGGAGGAAGGGAAGAGAAAAUGGAGAAGGAUCUUAUUGCUGGGAUUUUAUUAAAACAUGCAAAGCAAUCCAGGGAAAUUUACUUCUCACCAGCCUGUUUUUAAUGCCUUUCAGUUCCUACCAGAGUCGUCACUAACAUUUAGUUUUAAUUUCUGCUUGCAAUGAGAUGAAAAUAACCGAUUGUUUGGCUACAGAAAAAGGGAAAUGCAGGUUGAAAUUCAGAUGUGUGAAUGUGCUUGCCUGUCAGUACUUAAAAUUACUAGUAUUUAUUUGGUUGUUGAGGGGGGCAAAACAGGCAUACCUCCUCAAAUUCAUUCUCAUUUUUGCUGCUUUAAGAUAAGUAGCACGCAGAAAUAGUUUGCAUUAUUUGAGUAUUGUUUUAUGCGUGGUUCCCUGUCCCCGCUUCCCUCUGGUAAGAUAAAACGUAAAGUGGUUAAGGCUGGAUCUUAAUCCCACACCUGAAAUGAUAACUGCUGCAUUUCCUGAAAUCUUCCAAGUAGCUGGCAAACAGGUUUUGUUUAAAAAAAAUGAGCUUUUUUAAAAUUAAAAACAAAAACAAAAAAUGUUAGAAACCUGGCAGGGAAGGAUCAGGGAAGAAUAAUUGUGUUGGCAGGACCCUGCCCUGAGAAUCAGUUUCUGUCUUUUCAGCCCUCUUCAUUAUGGAACUCUUCAGAAAAAUAGAUUCCACACCAACCUGCACACCUCUCUAAAGGCCAUCUUUUAAAUCACUCACAGAACCUUGAUUGUAUGAAGAAUGUUUGACCUGUGAAAAGCAUCUCUCCUUGGCAGAAAACUUCAGCAGCCCAAUGCCAUUUUUUUGACAGGUUACUGAAAACACUUCCCAGGAUUUUAAAUUCUACUUUCUAACUGUCAGCUGGGAAAAGAAUGUUCUGCAGUCAUUUUUUUAAAAAAACGGAACAGAGAGUUCAAAUAAAAAGGGGCAUUCUGAGCACAGGUAUGUGUGUUUGUAUUACAAAUAAAAUCUUGAAUGUGAAACUUAACCCUGAUGUGUCCUGCUGCAAAGUGAUUGGUAGCUGCUCUUGUGGGAUGUUGGUAAGGAGCAGACCUCUCGUUUUGAAAAGAAGUGGUUUCAUGCCAUUGCAUUUAAAUUUUAUUGUAGUUUGAUUAAUGGACAAGUCGCUCAGCUAAGCUCUGACCUUCUGAGCCUUAAACAAAUAAGUUGGCC